GGAGCAGCUGUGCACGUGUCGGACCCGGAAGUGCCUGUAUACGCUAGCGAUUCCUAGUGAUGGAAGGAGAGAUGGAAGUACAGAGCGCCGGGGCAAAGGACGGUUUCACUAAGGUCACUCGCAAGGGUGGUCGGCAGGCGAAGAAACGGCGGGCUGAGCAGCUUUCGGCGACAGGGGAGAGCGGAGACGCGGUCCGCAUGGACACAGAAGAGACCCGACCCGCGAAGAGGCCCGUCUUCCCGCCCCUCUCCGGGGAUGGACUCCUGGGUGGGAAAGAAGAAACAAGGAAAAUUCCGGUCCCAGCUAACAGAUACACUCCAUUGAAAGAGAACUGGAUGAAGAUAUUUACUCCUGUUGUCGAACAUUUGGGACUUCAGAUACGCUUUAACUUGAAAUCGAGGAAUGUAGAGAUCAGGACUUGUAAAGAAACCAAGGAUGUUAGUGCUCUGACAAAAGCAACUGAUUUUGUGAAAGCCUUUAUUCUGGGAUUUCAGGUGGAGGAUGCGCUGGCCCUCAUCAGGUUGGACGACCUCUUCCUAGAGUCUUUUGAAAUCACAGAUGUUAAACCUUUAAAGGGAGAUCACCUCUCGAGAGCAAUUGGACGAAUUGCUGGCAAAGGAGGAAAAACCAAGUUCACCAUCGAGAACGUAACCCGGACGCGGAUAGUUCUGGCUGAUGUGAAAGUUCACAUUCUUGGCUCUUUCCAAAACAUCAAGAUGGCAAGAACUGCCAUUUGCAACCUCAUUCUGGGAAGUCCUCCAUCAAAGGUUUAUGGCAAUAUCCGUGCCGUGGCUAGCAGAGCAGCAGAUCGAUUCUGAUUUCAAAUUAGACUCUUUAUCUUUUACUUU